AGUAUGGCAUGUGCACACAGGAGAUAUUUUUGUUCAAAACCUGUUGCACACCGGGUAUUUUUGGGUGUGGCAACUAAUAUGGGCGUGUCUGGGUGUGGUCCCAUAGAAAAUUCUGUGGCUUCUAUUGGAAUGACCCAGACAAGAAGAAGAAAGGGCGGGCAAAAGAAGAAGGCACGUGAGGCAUUCUUACGAUGAAAUGCAAAUUUAAAACUUUAACCACAACAGGGGGAAAUUUAAUAGCUGGUUCACACCAGCACACCAGAAAUUUUUGGUGGUGCACACCGGCACACCAGGCUUUUUACUCCGGAGAUCUCGUCGGAAAGUGCCAUACUCUGCAGACCGGGCCGGGGCUCUUGGCGAGUCUUUGCAUGGGACGGCGAGGCAAGCUGUUGUUCUUGUGCUCAGAAUAAAUUGUUGAUGUCAGCGAACAAGAAAAGCGACUCGGUUGUGCAGACUCCACUCUUUCUCCCCUUUUCAAUUUCUGACUUUGCACGCAGGCUAGUUUUUAGGAUAAAGCAAACAAUCGCAACAGUGGAAGUAUGGGCGAUGGGCGACCUGACGACCAUUUUAUUCCCGCCUCGUUUAGGUUUGUACUGAACAUCACGACACCCUGCAGGAACCAUUCUGUGACAGAACCAUAAUGAGUGACGUUGCGGAGAAGGAGCCAUGGAAUAUGUCCGUUGCUGAAAGAGUUGAGUUUGCAAAACAAAUGAAAGAGAUUGGAAGAAGGUAUUUCUUGGAUGGUCUUGUUGAAGACGCAAUGGAAAGUUACAGAAGUGGUCUAAAAAGAUUAAUACCAGCAUAUGAUCUUCCUCAUGACCUGCUGUCGGAACAAUUACCAACAUAUUCAGUUCAGAGAAAAAUCCGAGAAUAUUCGAGAAAGAUAUAUGAAAAUUAGGAAAAGCAUGUGCAUGGUUAUACCAUGACUAUGACAGGCAGCGGAUAACUUUUUAUGUUUGCGCUAGUGAAUACCAUAUGUUAAAAACAGAGUCCACAAAACAUUACCGUUUCACAGCUGUCACAAGAGAAAAAACGAUGCAGCAGUUUUGAGGAGGGCCAAUUCAUAGCAUGAUAAGAGUAUACAACAUGAGCGAAAAGUACUGUUAUAAAGAACAGAGCAUAGAAUCUGGAUGGAUAAUUGGAUCUCAACAGCACGAUCUCUAUCAUCAUUUUACAACAUAAAUCCGUACGAUGAUUCUAAUGUUAUCAAAUCGAAUGUUUAUAUUCGUUUUAGGUCUCAAAUAAUGAAUCAUUUGAAUCUGCCCAUUGCAAAAGACAGGAAAUCGUUUGUUUUGUUCAAGACAACUUUUCAAUUUGAACCUUAUCUUGACGUAGUAGCUAAGUUCCUUGAAAGGAGCAUUGCGAAGCUGAGACUCAGUGCUCACAGUUUGGCAAUAGAAACCAGAAGGUAUCGGACACAAAAAACCUUAGAGAACAGCUAUAUUAUGAAUUCUGUAAAUCUAGUGGCACUCUUGUUCUGGAAAAUGAGAUCCAUUUCCUAAUUUCAUAUCCCCAGUUCACAAAUAUGCGCAAGAUAAUGAGUGUCUGCUACAAUUACCCAAAAUCUACUCGCAAUUACCUAAAAAAUGUUUCCGUCAACAAGAUGACAAAAUCUAUUCAUCUGGUUUAUGAGUCAGGAAGAUAAUGAGUGUCUGCUACAAUCAGAUAAAUUUUGCAAUAGAGUUUAUAAUCUCCAUGAAAAAGGUUAAAAAAUAAGAAAGCUACGUUGAAGCAAAUAAUGUUUUCCCAUGUAUCUUGACGCAUAUAUUCGAUAGUUAAUAUUACGAUUAUUUGUUGAUUCAUAAACGAUUAACAAAGUAUUUAGCUUUUUGUUACGUUGAUUGCAUUGUGUAUUAAGAAACAUGUAACUUUAUAACUAUGUAUCUCUGUAUUUGUAAUUAAUUUCGUAAUAUUUGGUCUAAGUUAGUCGAAAUAUGUAUGUUUUGCUGUUAAAAGUGUAUUAGCCAUGUAUUAAUUGUGGAGUGACGAGCCUACAUGCCUAAAAAUAAUUAAUUUUACUUAAACCCCAUUUUUAAGAAAUAUUGCUUCAAAAUAUACCAGGAAAAUUUUGCUGAAACAACUAAGGAAAAUUUUUAUUGGGAGGAAGGUUAAGGUGUUUUCUAAUCUAUGGUUAAAAAUUAUUAUAUAUACACAAGAAAAUUGCUGUUUGGCUCAAAGCUGAAGUUCUUUUUACUCUCUGAAGUAACAUCUUAAUUGAGAUUCCAUUAGCAAUAAUGACAUUAAAAAGAAUCCAUGAAUAGCUUGAAAUCAAUCAGAUAUGUCAAAACUAUAAGCAAGAUAUGACAACGCAAGAUCUGUAGCAUGCUAACAGAUUACAGUAUUGAGUUAUAGACAAAGACCACAGUAUAGUGAUUAGAUGGGGAAUGUAGUGAUAAGAUGAAGUUGUGCGUGUGGUAUGUCGAAAAUGAACAUAAUUGGAUACAACAAAAUAACGACUUUGUACAGGAAAUUGAUAUUUGGUACGACGUUUUCGGCAUAACUCUUGAGCACAACCUGAUGAAACGUUGUACCAAAUAUUCAUUUCUUGUACAAAGUGGUUAUUCUGUUGUAUCAAAAGAAUUCAGCAGGCUCUUCUUGGUUGAAAAUUAUGUCAUGAAAUUGAAAAAACAAGCUUCUAUGAAGGGAAGCUCUUGAUCACGUCUCUCAAAUUUUAAGCUUAUAAGGUCCUGUUCUACAAGAGAGGGCGACAACACUGUUAUUGUUUAAGCAAAAUAAUUUUCGUAAAAGUAUAAAUGUUGAAAGACACUGGAUGACCUAGCAAAUUUAUGAAUUAAAAAAAUCAUGUCUGUUUUAAUUUAGAUCCAUAGAUGUCAUGGAUUGUGAGUCAGGGUCUCUUUUGAGGAUUUUUAUAGAUUACAGGAAAGUUUCAAAGAGGGCUCUACUUUAGGCAACAAGAAAUAUUUCGUUACUCAUCAGAAUAAUUUAUUAAUAUCGUUUAUUAUCAUAAGCAUAUACCUUUUUUCAAAGUAUAAUUUUGAACAAAACUGUCUUCAUAGCAGAGUGAAGUAGAUGGAUGGCCAAAUGGGUAUAUAUAUGUUCCUUUUUCAUUUAAAAAUUGAGUUGUGUGAACUGAUGGCAAUCUGUUCUACUUUUUGUGGUACCAGAAGGUCCUGUGCAUUGUUCAUCCCUGAUAUUAAACAAUACAAUGUUCCUCAUGUUCAUUCCUGAUAUUAAAGGAUGCUGCCUAUUUAUGAAUCUCUCCCAAAGGCAUUCCAGGAGCACUUGAAAAUGAGCUUUGGUAUUGUUAUUCAGCAAAGUGAAUCUCUUUUGUUUCUUUUAUGUCAAUGUCAGGAUAAAAGAAUUAGGAACAGCCUUUGUUGGUAUGUCAGCUCUUGAGAUAUUUCUAUAGGUGGAUUUUUUAUGGUAAAUCAAAUUUUUUGUUGGAAAUUGUCUUUCGACUAAAAUACUGGACGAGGGGCAUGACUUUGCUAAAGCAUUUGUCACUUUGCCACAUCAAAGACUGUUUUGAAACCUAGUCACUAUGGCAUAGGGGAAUGUGUUUGGAUACAGAAUUUCCUAUUUGAUAAACAUCAAAGAGCAAUAGGUAAUGGAUCUUGCUCUUGUUGUCAGCAGUCCUGAGUAGAAUUCCAGAAGGGAGUGUAUAGGGCCCUCUUAUUUUCAUAUGUUAUGUGAAUGAUAUGCCAGAUGUGAUAAAAAAUGGGAUAUGUAUCUUUGCGGAUGACACAAAGGUGUUCUCAAGUAUAGUCAAUGACUUUUAUCAUCAGGGACUGCACAAUGGUCUUAAUAAUUGUCAAGCAUGAUCAGAAGUGUGGCAAUGCAAGGUAAUGCAUUUAGGAGGAAGGAAUACAGAAGCUGUUUGGUCACCAUUCUAUAAUAAGGAUAUGACAGUUAAGUAAAUUCAUGAAUGAAACCCAUCUGUGUUUGCUUCAUUGAAAAUAAUAUUGGAUAUCUGGAGGAUUUUGUUGAAAGACUGAAAGGUUGACACAAAUGUCAUGCAAGCAAAGAACAACAUUAAUUCACUGUGCUGAUGUUUUGUCUAAGUUCAAACUAUCAGUUGGUUUCAGGAAACUUGAUUGGUAAACACUUAAGGUACAUUUUCUAAUUUAAAAAGUGCCCGAACAAUUCCAAUGUUUCAAAAGUUCAAAUGUUUUAGCUUAGCAUCAACGCUGGGCAUUUGCCAAUAAUCAUUUGUUAUGAAACAAGGUGCAUGUCUUUGAAACAUUUCUAUCUUUUUUAAUGUUUCUUAACUGGGUGACCAAA